AUGAAACUCCAGAGUCUUAUAAAUUUAUAUUGUAACUCAAAAACGGCACAUUUCCCUCUUCUCUCUCUCUCUCUCUCUCUCGCCACGAGUAUCGGCCUCAGUGAGAAUCCAUCUCCUAUACGCCAGCGAAAGAAACUCCUCUGAAUUCAUCGCCGCGGAUUCUCAGCCAUUCAAUGGUCGUUCCCGCACGCAAUUCCUGAUCAAACUUCUCAUCAGAUUCUCCCUUCCAGUUCUUCUUUGAGAUCUGCUUUCCUUUUUUCUUCUCUCCACCCUCUUAUUUAGCUUCACUGGCCUCCCCUGACCCAUAUGUAAGAUAGAGAACACCCAUUUGCGCACAAUCACGUUCUCCAUUCUCUGGCUUCGCUGAUCCUCUGAAAAUCGAAAACUCGAGCUGUAAAUCAUGCAAGGAGGGCUAAUUAUCAAUCCUGAAGAGGAAAUCAAAAUAAGUUUUGGUUAUCAAUGCAAUGGUGAGAAGGGUAAUUCUUGUGAGCUUUCUGAUGGAUACGAUAUUCUGCCUGGAAUAAAACUCCGAAGAACCUGUGGUUCCUUUUCUUGUUUAUCUGGUGCAGCUUUAAGUGCCAAUGCCACUUUGGCAAACACAAACAUCUGCAAUGGUUUAUUGGGGACAGAAAUACUUCCAAGUUGGGACUCCCCGAAAUCAUUUCGAAAAUUUCCCUCUUCACCAUCUCUUUCAAAAUUGGAUAAAUUGUCAUCUUCUCUCCAGAGUAGCAUGUCAAACUUAAGUUGCAGUCCAUCAACUCAAAAUGAUCCUGCUGAAAUUGAUUCCUAUUUUUUGAAAUCCAUGAGUGCACCUUCCAGAAGUGAGGGUUUCCUUAAUUCUAUGGAAGCACAAGUGGCAGGUGGCCCUGCUGGUGAAGAUAGAGUUCAAGCCGUGUGUUCUGAAGAAAAUGGGUGGCUCUUUUGUGCAAUCUACGAUGGCUUCAAUGGAAGAGAUGCAGCUGAUUUCCUGGCUGGGACCUUGUAUGAAACAAUUGGUUUCUUCUUUAACUUGUUGGAAUGGGAACAAAAACAGGAUCGCUUUGGAUCUUCAGAUUUCUUGAGUUCAGAUGGGUCUCACCAAUAUAUGUUUGAGGAUAAUACUAUUAACCAUAAGAGAAAAACUGCUUCUUGCACUGAUAAUAGCAAGAAUCCAUGGGUUGAUGAUGUUGCAAAGGUAACUCCAUGUGUGAAAUCAGGAAGGUCAUCUGAUUCAUUUAGGCAAGGGGUACUUGAUUGCCUCCAGCGUGCUCUUAAUCAUGCAGAGAGUGAUUUCCUGUACAUGGUUGAACAAGAAAUGGAGGACCGCCCUGAUUUAGUAUGUGUUGGAUCUUGUGUUUUGGUUGUCCUCCUCCUUGGGCAGGAUUUGUACACACUCAAUUUAGGUGAUAGUAGAGCUGUGUUGGCCACUUACAGUGAAGAUGUUGACAUAAACGAGCAUGCCAAAUUGAAAGCUAUCCAGCUUACUGACAGUCAUACUGUUGACAAUGAAGUUGAAAGAUCUCAAUUACUGUACGAUCAUCCUAAUGAUCCCACAACAAUUAUAGCUGGAAAAGUGAAAGGGAAAUUGAAGGUCACUCGUGCAUUUGGAGUCGGUUACUUGAAGAAGGAAAACUUGAAUGAUGCUCUGAUGGGAAUCAUUAAAGUUCGUAACCUUCAAAGUCCUCCAUAUGUCUCCGCACAACCAUCCCUGAGUGUACAUAAAAUCAUGAAAUCGGAUCACUUUGUUAUAGUUGGGAGUGAUGGUUUGUUUGACUUCUUCAGCAAUGAUGAGGCUGUACAACUUGUCCAUUCAUAUAUCUUGAACAACCCUUCGGGAGAUCCAGCGAAGUAUCUAGUUGAGCAGCUUGUAGGGAGAGCUGCAGAUUGUGCAGGUUUCAGCAUGGAAGAGUUGAUGAGUAUUCCAGUUGGCAGGAGAAGAAAAUAUCAUGAUGAUGUAACCGUGAUUGUGAUCAUGCUUGGAACAAACCAGCGCACCUCAAAGGCAUCGACUUGCCUAGAGAUGAGUACCUUGACAGGUAAGCUGAAUGGAUGAAGAAAUCUCUCCCUGGGGCUGAGGAAAUUUCCAGCAAAUUCGUCAAAUGUCCCAAAUGGGGCAAUCAAUUCACAAGAAAGCAAAAUGAGCCAUUUUAUUGCCUUCUAGUUAAGAAUCUUUUACUAGCCGACAUUGCCUUUUAGGGAUACCUGGGUGUUUGGUUCAUGAAAUUACAUGCCCAGGAAUGCAGCUGAUGUAGUAGAUCAAGAAGCCAGAGUGGGUAGAGUGGUAAACCCUUGAUGUAGACUUUAUUCAGAAGAAUUGGAUAAGAAAUUGAUUUAUUUGUAAUUUCUUGCAAUUUUAAGCUUAUAAAUAGGGUGUGAAAGUCAUGUGGAAUUAAGUUUGUGUGAGCUUGAAACUGAAGUGAACGUGUGUGUGUGUAAACACAUGUGCGUGUUUACCCCCA